GCUAGUCACACUGCGCCGCUGCGCUUUUGGGGGGGUUUCGCUUGGAAGUGCGUUAGCUUAGCAGAGCGCUAACUAGUUUUCGGUUCACUUUGUUCAUUGAGAAAAGAGGCUUAGCAUUUGAGCUAGGUCGCUCGUUAGCUAGCCUGUUUCAUCAUGGCGGCUGUUCGCAGUUUGCGGGUUUCUGUCAAACAUGAAAGCGCCUCGGACCGCUCAGACUCCGACUCCGACUCGGACUCGGACCGGAAUAUUCGUGAAGCCGAGCCCAUGGAGGUGGAGGAGGGGGAACUUGAGCUGGAAUCCAUUCCUGUUCGCCGAAGUUUAAAGGAAUUGUUGCCGGACACAAGCCGGAGAUAUGAGAACAAGGCAGGAGCUUUUAUUACUGGCAUUGAUGUAACAUCCAAGGAAGCAAUUGAGAAAAAGGAAAAGAGAGCGAGGCGAUUUCACUUCCGGGCAGAGGACAGUGUUGCUCAGAGGAACGUGGUGCUGGACAGAGAGCUUAUGAAGAAAGCAAUUCCCAAGAUCCGACUGGAAGCCUUACAUCUGAGUGGCGUGGACGACAUGAGCACCCAGGAUGUGUUUAGUUACUUUCAAGAGUAUCCUCCAGCACACAUCGAGUGGAUCGAUGAUGCAUCCUGUAAUGUGGUUUGGCUGGAUGACAUAACUUCAACCCGAGCUCUGAUUAACACGAGCCGGAUGCCUGACAAAGACGACACUAACGCUGCCGAGUCCAAAACCACUGACCUUCCGGUCCAAGAAGAGAGAGUGAGGCGGAAUCAUGGCUCUGAUGAAGAGGAAGGGGAGGUUGAUGAUGAUGAAGAUGAGGUGGUGAAGGCAGACAAAAGCAGUGAAGACAGUGAAGGAAAAGCCAGUGACAGUGAAGAGGAAACUGAGAAAAAAACAACACAGGAAAUUACCCAGACAGAUGAGCUGUCUCAGGCAGAGCACGAGUCUCUGCUCCGUAAUGACCUGCGCCCUGCGACCAAAUCCUUCAAAGGCAACAAGCUGUUCAUGCGUUUUGCCACACAGGAUGAUAAAAAAGAGCUUGGUGCUGCAAGGCGAAGUCGGUACUAUAUGAAAUACGGCAAUCCAAACUAUGGGGGUAUGAAGGGCAUCCUGAGCAAUUCUUGGAAACGUAGAUAUCAUACACGGAGAAUCCAGCGCGAUGUUCUGAAGACCAAAAAGUCCCUAAUCGGAGACAGUAUGGGACACACUCCACCGUACACACACCGACAUUCAGCUGACCUGGUGAAUCUACCAGAGGAGCCCAUUGAAGAAGAAGAGGAGGAGGAAGAGGAUGGAGAGGAAGACAUGGACGCUGACGACAGAGUCGUCGAAUAUAGAGACAAGGAACGAGGGUCGCAGCCUGGAGAAGGUGGCCUCCGUAGCCGUCUGGGGGGCUCCUUCUCCGACUCCUCGGAUUCGGACGAAAUGGACUACGAUCUCGAGCUGAAGAUGAUCUCAACACCUUCACCUAAAAAAAGCAUGAAGAUGACCAUGUAUGCGGACGAGGUGGAAAAUAACCUUAAGACCAUCAGAAAUUCCAUUCGGAGUGACUCGGGCUCCUCUAGUAGCAGUAUACGGAGUCGUAUUGGUAGCGGUGUGACCAAACCUACCUCAGAGAAAGUGACCGAUGUCAGGCAGUUACUGGAGGAGAAAAGGCAAGGACUUUCACAAACGAGGACACAGCGUCCCCUUGUGGCCACCACUGGAAAGACAGAUGUGAGACAGAGGUUGGGGAAGAGGCCGCACUCUCCAGAAAGGCGCCGCUCUGUGUCUCCUGUCCCUCUGAGAAACACAGCCGCUCGUAGAGAGACACUUACUGACGUUCACAGCAGGCUUGGAACAACUAAACAAGAAGCACGGGGCCUCUACUUGGAGCCUACAAAGGACAAAAAGUCAGGAGGUCUGUGGAGCCGUCUGGGUCCGUCAAAUAAAGAGAGCCAAAGCGAUGGAAAGAUGUCUGCCAGGCUAGGGAGCAGCGCGCCUUCCUCACGUGGGAGCCGGCAAAGGGACGAUGCCGAGUCGGACGGGGCCGACGAUUCCGAGGACGAAGAUGACGAUUCACAGCUGCAAAAGAUGUGGGGGGCGAUGAUCAAGCAAAAGGAGCAGCGGUCCAACAAAAUGAAGAAAAGCCGACUGGACAACCUUCCAUCGCUGCAGAUCGAGAUCAGCCGAGACAGCAGCAACGGGUCCGACAGUGACUCUUGAGAUGGAACGAGAGACUUAAACUAGAGUGAUAAGGAGGAAUCGAGAGGAAAUAAAAUGCUGCUGACUCGUUUAAAAAGACACUCACAAGUAGAUAGCUUCACUCUCCAGCUCUAGUCCGUACAGGGAUCCUGCCAACAUCCUUUCUUGUACUCUGUCUUUCUCUAAACACACCUAACCAACUUGACUCAGAAAGACUCCUCUGCCAAACGAGAGGGAGUUCGUUUUGAGCCUUUCUUUAAAGGAGCAGUUUGUACUUUUUAAAACCUUUUGCUGACCGUGAGACAAAUCUCUCUCGCAAUGACAAGCGUACACCUUCCACUGCAUGGCAAUAUUGCAAAUUUUUAUUGUUUUCUUUUUAAUCCUAUGGUUUGCACAGGUCUUAAAAACAUUUAAAAAUUACAAGCUGCUCUCUUUAAAUGAGAGGGAUCGUCUGUGGUAUGUACAAGACCCAUGUAUGUUGUAUGGCGAUGCACCAGGCAGAGAAUAACGUUACAUCUAAAACACAAGCAAACGUCUCUAGGAAGUAUUUUCCAUGAAUUUAUUGUCAGUAGCAACAGGUAGUGUUGCCAUCCCUGAGCUUGGAUUACUGUGGAGGUGUAUGUUCUCCCACAGGUUUACCGUUUCCUUCUCGAUAAGGUGCCGACAACUCUAAAUUGCCCCGGGUGUGAACGAGUGCGUACAUGGUGCCCUGUGAUGACGUGGACGUAUUCCCUCCCUUUUCCCCAGUGUUCCUGGGAUGAGCUCCGGAGUCACCACCACCUUGACCAUGGUAAAAAUGGUUAGGGAGGCUGAGUAAAUGAAUUUUGUUCGAUAUUAAGAUGACCAGAAUUGAUCUUUGUAAAUACAUUAGAUUUUUCUAGUUGGGAAUUGGGCCGGGAUUUACAGAUUUACUUUACUGGUGCACACCAUACAGAUUGGUGGAUUAACUAGUCUGGAGAACCAGAGUCCAGGUGGCUUUAGAGGAGUUAGAGAAACUGUACCGUACCUGGAUUCUGACUCUCCACACUACCACAGCAUCUAUGUGCAUCACCGAUAGAGGUACACACACUAGGUACAGCAACACCCAUGUGGAUUGGUGCUGUGGUGCAGAUUCAGGAGUGAAGGUGGUUCACCAUAUUGUAGCCAAUGAUCCUGUUUUCCAAAAAAAAAAACAACAAGAAGAAAAUCUACAUUCCCAUACAGUAUGUGGUCAGUCAGCUCAACAAACAAGCAAGGAAAUAUAUUGUAUGUGCAAAUAAACAUCUUUUUACAUAAAAAGCCUGUAAAAGAUAUGGUGUGA